GACUGCAAACCAACCGGGCCGCAGUCUUACGACAGCGCCGCAGAACGGUACCACGAGAAAAUAACGUGCACGGCCACGAUUCAGGUGUUCUAAUAUUGUUUUUCUAAUCCAAUUCAGUAAAUCGUAUUAUCAAGUGAAGAUGGAGAUCGAAGUGGUUUCGGGUGGCGGUUCAAAGUCUGUAGCUACUGUGAAUGUCAGUCCAAGCAGCACUGUAGGAGAUAUUAAACAACAGUUGUUUAAAUUAAAGAAAGCUCCGUAUGUUCAAAGGCAAAGCCUGCGUUCUGAGCCUAAAGGCAAAGCAUUAGCUGACUCUAAAACAGUGCAGUCAUUGGGACUUACGAAUGGUGCUAAAUUAUAUUAUAAAGAUCUUGGUCCUCAGAUUGGAUGGAAAACAGUUUUCCUGGUUGAAUAUGCCGGUCCAUUAAUUGUUUACCUUUGGUUAUAUCAGAGACCAUGGUUGUUUUAUGGCACCAUCCCUGCAGAUGCCAAAGUACAACCUGUAGUUCAUUGGGCUGCCAUAUGCUGGUCUGUACAUUAUGUGAAACGACUUCUGGAGACCUUAUUUGUACAUCGCUUCAGUCAUGCAACAAUGCCUCUAAGAAACCUCUUCAAAAACAGCUCCUAUUAUUGGUUAUUUGCAAUGUAUGUAGCAUACCAUAUUAACCAUCCUUGGUAUACAGCGCCAAGUUUGUUUCAAUCUUAUAUUGGAUUAGCUAUAUUCGCAUUGUGUGAGUUGGGUAAUCUCAGCAUACACUUGGCUCUAAGAAACUUAAGACCAGCAGGAACUACAGUGAGAAAAAUUCCAGAACCGACUGGAAAUACUUUCACAGCAUUAUUCAACAUGGUGUCAUGUCCUAAUUAUACAUAUGAAAUUGGUAGCUGGAUUGGAUUCACGAUAAUGACUAAAUGUCUUCCAGCGGGGCUAUUCGCAUUUGCCGGUGCAUAUCAGAUGACCGUUUGGGCUUUAGGAAAGCACCGAGCUUACAAGAAGGAGUUCCCUAACUAUCCGAAAAAUCGUAAAGCCAUUAUACCUUUUGUUCUAUAAUAGAUGCAUCAAGCUGAUUUUAAUGAUAAUUAGCAGUGUAAACGCGUCAUUGUCAUACAACGGAAUAGACAUUUUUCUUAUAUUGAAGGUAUAGUUAUACAAAUAAUUUUUUUUUAAUAAAAAUUCCAUACUUUCGUUUA